UUUUGGCCGCCAAACUAAACUGAACUAAACUUGUACAUGACAGCUUAUUCACCAACAAAACAAGCAGAGUUCGGUCUUGCUCCCGUUGUCGUUUUCAAGAUUUUGAAAACCAAGAGCGGUUUUGCAUGGAAGUGAACUGAAAUGAAUUAUUGAACUCCUUUGAGUGAAAUUUAAAAAAUAUGCAGAAUUUGGCCCUCAGUAAACCGUUGGUUUCAAGAGGGAAACUUCCCUUGUUACUUCUUGUUGAUCCAUUUCCAACUUGUGCUAAGUUAUCUAGAAAUUCCCUCUCACGUUCACUAAGAUGUAGAAAAUUAUCAAGGUUGAAUUCUGCAUUUGGCAACAUCAGAGCUCAAGUGUCUAAUGUUGGUAUCGGAUCUGGGGGCUAUGAAGGCGGGAAGGAUAAUAACAAUCAAAAGCUCUUUGUCAAUGGCCUACCAAGUGGCAGCUCAUCUGAUAGUCAAAAUUCUCCCAGUCGAAUUCCAAAUCCUCUCUCUAUUGCUAUUGUGCUAUUUGGCUGCACUUUAGUAUUUUCAUUGAUUGCCUUGGUGAAAGGAGGACCAACAUCACUUCUAGCUGCAAUCGCAAAGUCAGGAUUCACUGCAGCAUUCUCAUUAAUAUUUGUUUCUGAAAUUGGGGACAAGACAUUUUUUAUUGCAGCACUCUUGGCUAUGCAAUAUGACAAAGGAUUGGUUCUUCUGGGAUCAAUGGGUGCUCUUGCACUAAUGACAAUUUUGUCAGUUAUAAUUGGAAUAAUAUUUCAUUCAGUACCUGCUCAAUUCCAGACAACCUUGCCAAUUGGAGAAUAUGCUGCAAUAGCUCUAUUGAUGUUUUUUGGCCUCAAAUCAAUAAAAGAUGCAUGGGACCUUCCUUCAAAUGUAGCUAAGAGGGGAGACAAAAGUGGCCCUGAACUGGAUGAAUUUGUUGAAGCUGAGGAACUUGUGAAAGAGAAGGUUUCAAAACGGCUAUCCAAUCCACUGGAGAUAAUCUGGAAGUCAUUCAGCCUUGUAUUUUUCGCUGAAUGGGGAGAUCGCUCAAUGCUUGCAACAAUUGCUCUUGGUGCUGCACAGUCACCUUGGGGUGUGGCUAGUGGUGCAAUUGCCGGACACCUACUUGCGACAUCUAUUGCAGUUCUGGGGGGAGCUCUUCUAGCUGACUACAUUUCUGAAAAACUGGUUGGCCACAUUGGUGGAGUGCUGUUCCUUGUUUUUGCAGUGGCUACAUUUUUUGGGGUUUUCUAGAUAGUUCUUAGAAAUCUACAGAAAAUAAGAAAGAUUGUCAGAGCUGUUCAUAGAGAUCAAACAUAAUUAGUUACUAUAUAAAGAGGUCAUAAAAGGAGAUUGUCAUCAACAACAGCAGCAAGAGGAGUUCCAUUUUCACCCACUAUAUUCAGCUGUAGAUAAUGUAAAACAAGUCAUAGCUGAAGCUCGUGUCGUUGAGGCAAAUUCAUUGUCUUAGACUGGCCAGUUUUAUUCUGGUGAUGCCAAUGUUUUCCAAGAAUGUUUCUAAUUUUGCAACCAGUUGAUAAAAAAUGACUCAUCAACAUUAGCCGGUA